AUGGCAACCAUUCUCACCGACCCAAUGUUGUUGGACGCCAACUCUUCUCUCGAUUGUGCCAACAAUGAACAAGCUUCCAACUCUCUUAAUGAUUAUCGUUUUAAAGAAUAUGAAGAACCUUUGUUUCCAACCGAAGGAUUAACCGUUGAUGAUCUACUUUCCGAUCAGGAGGACGAUGAUCAAGAUCAACUAAAUGAUCAUGAAUUGAAUUCAAUUUCAAAUCACUUGAUGCGUCAUGAUCAAGCAACAAAUGCAGUCACUCCUCCUGACAACACUUUCCAUCCACACGAUGAUCCACAAAGAUCUUUGAACCAAAAUUUGAAUGCAAAUUCUCAUGUGGUUACAAAACCGAAUCCGACAACCACUUAUGUAAACUUUUCUUCUGUUGAGGAAAAUAAUCACAGAAUUAUUCUCAAUCCAAAUCUUGGACCACAAUUUCCUUGUCAGAACGUAAUGGUUCAAAAUGUUGGUUAUGCUCCUCCUUUCAUGCAGCAGAAUUAUUAUUUUCAUCCCAGUAAUCCAAUGGGUUAUCUGUUCCGUGCACUUUUGGGUGAUCUUUCAAGCAGAAAUCAUGGAAGUACACAUCUGCCAGUUGGUAAUUAUGGUAAUUUUGGUUGUCCAUAUGGUUAUGGUUGCGCAACGGCGAUAUACAACCCUAUUAUCGUUCCUCCUCUACCUCCUCCUCCUUUUCCAUUAAAUGUGGCAAUGAGUGGUGGCGGCGGGAUGUCACAUGUUCAAUCAUUUCACUUUCCACCCUAUGCAUUCAUGCCACAACCUUUUGUGCACCAAAUAAUGCAACCAUCCAUCAUGCAACAAGGUACUGUGAACAAUAGUCAUAAGAGGACAUGUUCUGAUGCAACUAUUGUGAGAACUAACAACUCAUCUUCUUUGGAAAGUUCCAAAAAGAAGAGAAAGAAACACACCAUUCCUACCAUGCCAGUGAUGGCUUCUCCAAUCAAAUUGGACCAUAGAAAUACUUAUAUUGAAUAUGUACUACAAAAUGGAAUCAUUCCAACCACACCAAUACUUAUUCAUGUAUAUUCUGUACCUGACAGUCAGUACGAACCUGAGAUUGACAAGCUCAAGAAGGCAAUGCGCUUAUAUUCUAUUGAAAUUACUCUUGCUCCAAAUUCUCGAAUCUAUAACAACCAACGCAUUUACAUUCCUUGCAUUUUUCGGUACAUCAAAAAACAAGCAAACGACGACAACAACCCCAAACCAUCCAUCUAUGUACGAUUUGACACCUCUGACGAAUUUCACUUUCUAUAUUGUCAAGGCUCCAAAGGUCCGAAAGGACAAGUCUGCAACAUGGUGACCAUUUCAGAAUCACAAGGAAACUCUCGUUCUUUCCGUAAGGCAUGUUUGAACCAGUACAAAUUCCUUGCAUCCACCAAUGCUUCUUUUAAGCUUGUCCAUCAACCUUGCUCUGCUUCAAGUUCUUCCACCAAUGGAAACUUGAUCCAGAAUAACCAAGAAGCCGCCAUCUUGAUUGACGGACUAACUUUAGAUGCUAAUAUUCCUCCUAAAUACUUAACCAAAUAA